AAACCCUUUAAAGAGCCCAGUUUGGGGAUCCCUGCUGCUAAAGAGUGGGAGAGGCUUUUAUUCUGGGGGAGGAGGAGGGCUGGGCUGGCCCUGUGGCCUGGAGAGGCGGAUCUUGGGCUGCAGCAGGAGAGGAGGAAGAGAAGGAGGCUGCAAGGAAGCUGGACCAUGGGGCCUGGGGCUGUGCAGCUGCUCCGGGCGGUGAUCAUGGGGCCCCCGGGCUCCGGGAAGGGCACCAUCUCCUCCCGCAUCGUCAAGCACUUCGCCCUCCAGCAUCUCUCCAGCGGAGACCUCCUCCGGGAGAACAUGAACAAGAGGACAGAAAUUGGAGUACUUGCUAAGUCAUACAUUGAUCAAGGGCGAUUGAUUCCUGAUGAUAUUAUGACGCAGCUGAUGCUACGUGAGCUGAAAACUCUAGAGCAGAACCACUUGCUACUGGAUGGCUUCCCCAGGACUGUUCCACAAGCUGAAGCUCUUGACAAAGUAUGCUCAAUAGACACUGUGAUUGACUUGGAUGUGCCUUUUGAGACUAUCCAACAACGCCUAACUGCACGCUGGAUCCAUUCUGCUAGUGGGAGGGUCUAUAACCUGGACUUCAACCCUCCCAAAGUUCCUGGUAUGGAUGAUGAUACAGGAGAGCCUCUCAUUCAACGUGACGAUGAUAAACCAGAAACUGUUAUGAAGAGGUUGAAAUCUUAUGAAGCAGAAACCAGACCGGUUCUUGAAUAUUAUCGCCAGAAAGGGGUGCUAAAAUCUUUUGCUGGAACAGAAACCAACAAGAUCUGGCCACAUGUCCAUAGUUUCCUUCGAACGAAGUUGCCUGACAUCGGUUAGAGUGAAGCUGCCAGUAUCACUGAAGCAAGCAUUAUUACUGUACUGAGAAACAGAAGCUACUGGCAUAUGGCUAAGCUUCAAGAAAUUAUAUUUUUUAACGAUUACCAGAAUCAUGAAGAUUGGGUGAGGGUGUCUUCUUUUUUAACAAAACAAUGCACCAUGCUAAUAAAUAGCUAACUGAAUGACCACAUUUUACUUCUGUGCCAUAAUCUAGUGUUCCUGUUCUGAUAGGCUGAUUGACUGUCAAGUGUUAUUUUUGUAUUAGCUGUACCUGAAUUUUGUAAAAUUAAUUUAAUAUUGUACUGAUUUUUCAAUAAAAUCCAACUCAAGUGUC